AAUCGACUAGAACGUCGCUCCUGAGAUAUCAUGUAGUUGGUUGUGUCUUGUAAUCUUUCUGAAUUUGUGAAGAUGCAGUCAAGGGAAGAAAUUAAUAACUCCUCUCUGCAGAAAGUACUUACAGAUGUUGAAAAGAAACUUGUUGAUCUUUUUAUCCAAGAAUGGAACACUCAUUACAAAAAAUCUCUUGGAGAAUGGGAAAACACAAACGUCAGUGGUCAGAAGUUGUUCAACAUUGAAAGAUCAACAAACAUAUUUCGUGAUGAAAAAAUAUUGUCAAAACUUAAAGAUGGUGACACAAGUAAGUGGGAUUGCACGACAAUAUGUAAAGCAAUAUUGUUUACCCAAUCAAUUGGAACAAAAAUUAAUGAUAAAGUUAGAGCUGCUGUGGACAAACUUCGUGAUGUAAGAAACAAAUUCAUCCAUGAAAAUAAAGGAAAAGUUUCUGAUUCGAAAUUUCAUACAAUGGUUUGUGAUAUUGAAAACUCAUUUCAAGAUCUAGGAUUUUCAUUUACUGAAAUUAUCAAAAUAAAAAGUGAACGAAAUAUAUUUAAUUCUUUUCAAGUACUUCCUUACAAAUCAAAUCACGAUGUGGUUAAACGUACAGAAUUACUUAAUCAAAUCACAGCAGAUCUCAAUAACUUGCGCAGUACUAACAAUAAUGAACUAACAUAUUACUAUAUUUCUGGUAAUCCUGGCAGUGGUAAAUCUCAAUUAGCCAGACAAAUUUGUGAAGAAAUGUAUAACUCAUUUGACUGGGAAAAGAAUACGACAUUUGUGAUGACACUCGAAGGAAAAGAUAUCGACUCUCUUUUGAAAACUUAUGCUGAACUUUAUCAACGAUUAAGCAAUGAUAAAACUGUCCUUGAAAAUAUUUUAAAAGAAGCAAAAAGCAGCGAAGACAAAAUCAAAGAUUUUCAAAUAUUGCUGACACAACAACUGAAAUCUUGGCAAACAUGGUGGAUUGUUGUAGAUAAUGUGGUUGAGCUUCAUAAAAUUUAUCCAUUAUUACCUCAAGUUGGUGAUCAUAGCUGGGAAAAUGGACAAAUUAUAGUAACUGUGCAAAAUACAGAUGCCAUACCACCAGAUGGAAAUCUAAGUAAACACAUUUCAGUUAGUCAUGGAUUUAUUAGACAGAUUAGAUCGUCAACCGCUGUUCCUGGCAAAUGCUGCUUCCUACGUAGGUAG